AUGAGUGAAGAGGUCCACCACAUACAGGAACAGGGACCGCGACCGAUUCGAGCGGAGAGCAAGACAUCCAGCAUGGAGACCAAGUGUGAGAAGAACGGCCAAGUCACGCCGUCAAAGAUCACUCCUCGGCCUACAUAUAUCAGCAGCGCAGCAGCCGGCUCAGAUCUCAAGCUGCCUCAGCAGAUGCUCUCUAAGAGGAAUACAAUCGACAUAAACGAUUAUUUCAAAGGACCCAGGAACCUCGACAGACACUCGAAAUGGCCGCUGUUCCUCCGAGUCCAUGGCAGUGUUAUGCCCCGAAUGAUCAUCCCGUUGUUGGUAAUGGCUUGCUGGUCAACCGUUAUCACCUGUGUGACCCGUCUGGCUAAAAUUCCUCUUGGCAUUGACUCGACCCUUCUUACUGUGCUCGGUUUCGUCGUCGGUCUCGCGCUCUCUCUCCGAAGCUCGACUGCAUAUGAACGUUAUGGUGAAGGCCGCAAGUACUGGGCAACUUUGAUGCAGUCCUCUCGCAGUCUGGCUCGUAUCAUCUGGAUCCACAAGACUGAACGCGAAGGAGAAGAGGGAAAGGAAGACAUCAUCUCCAAACUGACUGGAAUAAACCUCAUCGUGGCCUUUGCUGUGGCCUUGAAACAUAAACUACGUUUCGAGCCUGGCAAUGGUUAUGAAGAUAUCUCGGGCCUCAUCGAGCAUUUGGAUACCUUUGCCAAAGCAGCCAACGAUCCUAAUGCCGGUCCGGAGAGAAAGCCCGGCAUGCUCAAAGCUGUCGGCCAGUAUCUUAGCGUUCCCAUGGCCAUGUCCAACCCGCGAAAGCAAAUCAAGCGCUCCGACAGGCCCCUGGGAAAUCUGCCAGUAGAGAUCCUCAACUACCUCUCCUCCUACAUCCAUGAGUCCCUGAUGAGUGGCUCCAUCCCCAUGCCCGUCCACCAAUCUCAAGCCGGUGCUUGUCUGGUUUCUCUGGAAGAAGUCAUGACUGGUAACGAGCGUGUACUCAACACCCCUCUACCACUCGCAUAUACCAUCCUGAUCUCUCAAGUCACAUGGAUCUAUGUUCUCGCCCUGCCAUUCCAGCUCAUCAACAAACUUGGCUGGGUCACCAUUCCAGGAACUAUCGCUGCUACAUACAUCAUCCACGGUAUUGCCUCCAUCUGUGCUGAGAUUGAAAAUCCCUUCGGUGACGACGUCAACGAUCUUCCCCUUGACGUCUUCUGCCAACAACUCGCUGCCGACCUCGAUAUCAUCACCUCUACUCCACCCGCUGAGCCAGCCUCGUUCAUCAACCGCGAGGAUAACUAUGUCCUCUACCCACUAAGCAGGAGCAGCGUCAACAUGUGGAAGGACCGCAGCGUUGAAGAUAUCCGAGCUGCGCUCAAGGCCAAGGCGACGCUUACGCCCGCCAGACUUAACGAGGCCGGCUCGAGGGACCUGGCAUUGGCUAUGAAGGGCCAGGACGAAUCCAUUGCGUGA